GGGCCUGGCAGCAAAGGACCCUUGGGGUGAGGCGCGGUUCGUCUGGCCGCUCCUCUUCUCAUACGUGGCUGACUACCCAGAGACAUGCAAAGUCAGCUGCACGCGGGAGCAUCAGAGCGACGUACCGUGCUCAAUCUGUUAUGUCGAGCAGGAUCACCUGCGAAACAUGCAAGCCGGUCCAUCGGCGCCUCGCACCGUCGACCAGCAGAAAGCCCUGCUGUCCGACCCCGCGGAAGCAGAGAAGUACUCCACUCUGCUUAUCGAUUCGGUGCUCUGUGGCUGGAAUUUUGCGGGAACUCCUUGGGGGAACACGUUUUUGUCGCUAAUGCCAGACAUUCUUCACGUCUUCUACAUUGAUUUCUGGAUCUACAUCCGCGCUGCACUGCGUGGCGGUGACGCUCGUGCGGCAUUGGCAGAUGAGCGAAUGGAGACUCUAUACCCUGGAGCUAGGCUGGCUGGGCUGAACCAACCAGGGACGGGGUCGCACUGGUCCUCUGGUGCGAACUUCACCGCCACCGAGCACGCCGGGGUCAUGAUGGUGGCGCCGUUCGCCCUAGAGGCCGAGGGCAGCAUUAUCAGCAGGAGGGCGCUUGUAGCUGUUCUGGACUGGCACGAGACCCACCUGCGUGCGCCGUAUCACACUGACUUUUCGCUGGCGGAAUUUGAUGCUGCUACUCGAAGGAUGGUCGCGCUCGUGGAGAGUACUUUCCCUCGUACCAGCCGAUGUGGAUGGAACUUGAUAAAGGUGCAUCUUUUGCUGCAUAUUACGGAGGCGAUCAGGAGAGCCGGCCUGCCGCGCGAGUUCUCGGCAGCGGUAUACGAGAAUGCGCAUAUUCGCACAUGCAAGAUCCCGUACCGGGCAUCGAACCGCCGGCAGCACGGCACGCAGAUCGUGGCUCACAACGCCACGGCAGCGCUGCUGAACACCAUCCCCAGCAAUGUGGCCCCGGCAGGGCGAUACAACACUGCACUGCGGCGCGCCAUCUCCACAGAGUCCCCUCAGCUCAUCAGGAAGCGGACUCGCAUGCUGGGGCGGAGCUGGACACCGACUGGGCCCCCUGACAUUUUUUCGGCAUACGAUGCCGCUCUGGAGGACGGUGUCGGUCCCUAUGCAUUUGUCAUGCGAGAGCACGGCCUGCGCCCCUUCCCUGUGUGGGUGCACCGUGCGAUGGCGCUGCCGCCUUUGGAGCUGGACCAUACCGUCAUCAUGGCUCACUACGUGCACGCGACACCUACGCUGCACGGUGAGCCAGCGUUCUCGUUCGUCGAGUUCCUGGACGGGGAUGACGAGGUGGCGCAUGGCCGGGUCCACAUGCUGAUCUCCAUGGACGGUGCGGCCAUUCGCGAGGAUGGCGCGGCCUAUGAGGUGGCCUUCAUUCGCAAGUGGCUGCCAGAGCAUGAGGACGAGUGCACAGGCUGCAUGGUGAUGAGGCCCGGAUUCUAA